AAAAGGACUUGAUAAAAUAACAACAUGGCUACAAUAUUGGCAGAUAAAUGAUUUAUUUCUUGCCAAAAUACACACAUACAUUAUAUUUCAUUCAACAGAAAAAUAAAUAAUCAUGUAGAUGAGAUAAAUGAACAUUCGAAAAAAAAUGUGUGUGCGCAACAGCAGUACACAAUGGUCCCAGCUCAGCGUCAAAUAUUCAAAUCGCUGAUUUUCAGCUGCAACCAACAGUGAACGCAAAUACGGCACUGAAUCUAACCAGGAUUAAAUUGCAUUGAAAAUCAGUUAAAACCAACCUAACUAUAAUAUUUUAUAGAUAGAAAAUAAAUAGAGAAAUAUAAAAUUCAUUAGUAAAUAUUUUAUUGAAUGAUAAUUACUAUACUCAUUACAAAAUUCAAAUUAAAUUAUUAUUAUUAAAAUCAAGUUAAAUUAUAUAAUUCGUUAUUAUCAUUAAUAAACAAUACAUAAAAAGCUGAUGAUAGAGAGCGUUCAAGUAAAUUCAAUAGCACAACGAAAAAUACCAAGACCGUUUACUUCUUAAUUUGUUGUCUUAUGUAGGUAUUGCCAAUCUUUAAUUUAAUAUAUAAUUACUCUUUGUAAACUAGUAUAUCACAUUAAAAGUCUUGUUUAACAAACACGUCAUUGUCACCCUAUAAGAAAGAGACAAAUAGCCUCUGUACUUCAUAUCUUGCUUGGCUCGCUUUUCAACUACGAGUGGUGUAUCCUGUUUGUAUAAUAUGUCCAUGAGUGGACUAGAUUUUGUCGGAUUCGAUUGAAUUCGACAAAUUUACUCUUUGGUAAUCGAAAUCGAAGUGAAUAGUUUAGCAGUUGUAAAAUGUUUUUUUGCAUUAAAUAAUCAAUGCUUUUUAAAUGUUAUGAUUGUUGAGCAAAUAAGAAAUAACUGAAUUUUAUUAUUGGGAAACAAAUGAUAUAUUAAACGAGAUGCAUCGGCGUAGAGGUCCCAAUUUUACAUACGUUAGUGGUUGCGUGAAGUAUAUGAUUUUUGUUCUGAAUUUUAUAUUUUGGUUAUUUGGUGGAUUACUAAUUGGAGUUGGACUUUAUGCCUUUAUUGACAAAUGGCAAGCGACAGGUCUUAUAAAGCUGGACACAGUGUACGAUGUAAUGUUGAACAUCAGUUUGCUGAUAGCCUUGCUAGGCGGCGUGGUGUUUGUGGUCAGUUUUGCUGGUUGCGUGGGUGCGCUAAGGGAGAACACAUGUCUACUUAAAUUUUAUUCCUUGUGCCUGUUGAUCCUGUUUCUGGUGGAGAUGGGUGGCGCGGUAUGCGGGUUCGUGUUCCCUCGUUCGCUGCACGGUCUGCUAGAGCUCAGCUUCACAGAGCGAGUAGUACAUGCAUACAGGGAUGAUCCUGAUCUACAGAAUUUCAUAGACUUCGCACAGAGUGAUUUCCACUGUUGUGGUCUAACAUCAGACGGCUACAUGGACUGGUCUAAGAACGAAUACUUCAACUGCUCGUCGCCGUCGGUGGAGAGGUGCGGGGUUCCGUUCUCGUGCUGCAUCAACGCCACAGACAUAUCCUCGGGGCUCGUAAACAUCAUGUGCGGGUACGGUGUACAGAAUUACCCGGUGGCCGAAGCGAGUAAACGCGUUUGGACUAGCGGUUGUAUAGAAAUAGUUCGUUCUUGGGCCGAGAGGAAUCUCUAUACAAUAGCUUCGGUAGCGUUGGGUGUAGCGCUGUCGCAACUGUUCGUUAUAUAUCUCGCCAAGACGCUGGAAGGGCAGAUAGAACUUCAGAAAGCCAGAUGGCAGACAUGAAACAGGGGAUGCGCGGGCGCCUACCGCGACGAGUGUCGGCGCGCGCUGCUCUAGCGCCCGCCCUACCACAUCCCCACCCCCCUCGCGCCGCCCGACACUAUUACACACCAGUGAGUACUCCCGCGCUACGACCAUAAUUGCGGCUGCUGCGUAGCAGACUACGGUUGCACCCGCACGCUACGACUACAUCAUGCGGCUACGACGUAGCGGCUUACGUCUAGACUUCUAUCUCUCAUGCACUCCAG